AUGGCCUGUCUUCACUUGUCGUGCAGGCCACAGCACUGUUUCCAUCCGUUUCUGUUUCUCGCUAGCGUCGUCCACGAUAUUGGUAUUGAAGUGCGGCGGCGACGUUUGCGAGGUCCAGGUUCAUUACUCGUUACCAGCUCUCGGCUGGUUCAUCCGUGCAACGAACACGUCAGCCCAUCUGGGUCGGUGGCCUUCCUCGAAGACGUUUUGCUUCGUGAGGAACCCAUUCCUGAGUUUAGUGUCCAUUUGUCGUCUGUCCUUCUCGUUAUAUGA